UCGGAGCUGCCUCCGCUUCCUCCAAGCCAUAUUCCUUUAAGAUGAUGUAAUAGUCAUUUCCCUGGAUGGUUUCUUGCCUGCACUGCUGAAACAACAGCAUCCUAACUGCACUGGGAACUGUGGAUCCACCCAGAGCCGCCGCCGCCGCCGAGGAGCCGGAGCCCGAGCCCCUCGCCCGCAUCUCUGCGCAGCGGCGGCUGCCGGCUCCCACCUGGCUGGGAACAUGGGAGUCCGCUUGCCCUUGCCGGCAGGUGGGGUGACUACCUGGCACCCCAGCAGGGCACAUCUGUCUUUCUUUCUGCUUCUGGGCUUUCUGCAAAGCUUCUAAGUCCCAGCACCUCUUGCAACUCUCUUCUCUUUUAAGGAUUCUUUCCAAAGGUUGGAUUUUUUUUUUUCUUCCCCUGGAGAGGCUUUGGUUGAAUAUUUUUCUCUGCCUUGCUUUUUCAAUCCAACCACCUCUCGUCACGGUUUAACUUUUUUGUGACUUGUUUUAACUUGAGGCCGGGAGUGGAUAUCUACAUAUCUACAUACAUAUACGCAAAUAUACACUUAUAUAAAUAUUUAUAUAUAUAUAUAUAUAUAUAUAAUUAUUAUUUUCUAAGAGCACAUCUCUCUGGCACUUUUCAUCGAUACCUCUGUCCUUUCCCUCUUUGGGAUUUGACAAGCUCCAGACUGUGUGUGGCUGUGGAUUUGGACGGCUUCGCAAAUGGGUAUUUCUUCACAAGAACUGUGUUUCCAGCAUUCGCUAAGACAGACCUCUCAGUAACUGGGGACCUGGCCUGCCCUGCCUACUGAGCUUGGGGGAAGAUCAGGUGGAGAUGAGUUGAUUAUAUUCCAUGAAGUAAUAGCUCCUCACCUGCCAGGGUUUAAACUACUUUUGCAGCAUCGCUUCACCUGUGGACUCUUUGAAAUUUUGCUUUCUUGGGGGAAAAAAAAAAAAAACCGGGGUAAGAGGAGGUUGUUUUGAACAAGUUAGCAUCUUUUCCCUCCCUUCCAAGUUGAUACAAAGGAGCAGGCUGUGACUCCAUUGGAUUUUGCACCUUCACAUCAAAAUAGGAGAAGAAAAGAGGGACCAUGGCUCUGAGUGGAAACUGUGGUCGUUAUUAUGCUCGAGAACAGGGGGCUGCAGUUCCCAACUCCUUCCCCGAGGUCGUGGAGCUGAAUGUUGGGGGUCAGGUUUAUUUCACUCGCCAUUCCACAUUAAUAAGCAUCCCUCAUUCCCUCCUGUGGAAAAUGUUUUCCCCGAAGAGAGACACAGCUAACGAUCUGGCCAAGGACUCCAAGGGAAGGGUUUUCAUUGACAGAGAUGGAUUCUUGUUCCGUUAUAUUCUGGACUAUCUCAGGGACAGGCAGGUGGUCCUGCCUGAUCACUUUCCAGAAAGGGGAAGGCUGAAAAGGGAAGCGGAGUACUUCCAGCUCCCAGACUUGGUCAAACUCCUGACCCCCGACGAAGUCAAGCAAAGCCCAGAUGAAUUCUGCCAUAGUGACUUUGAAGAUGCCUCCCAAGGCAGCGACACGAGGCUCUGCCCCCCUUCCUCCCUGCUCCCGGCCGACCGCAAGUGGGGUUUCAUCACUGUCGGUUACAGGGGGUCCUGCACCAUGGGCAGAGAGGGGCAGACAGACGCCAAGUUUCGGAGAGUUCCCCGGAUUUUGGUUUGUGGAAGGAUUUCCUUGGCAAAGGAGGUCUUUGGAGAAACUUUGAAUGAGAGCAGAGACCCCGACCGAGCCCCAGAAAGAUACACCUCCAGAUUUUAUCUCAAAUUCAAGCAUCUGGAAAGGGCUUUUGAUAUGUUGUCAGAGUGUGGAUUCCACAUGGUGGCCUGUAACUCCUCAGUGACAGCAUCUUUCGUCAACCAAUAUACAGAUGACAAGAUCUGGUCAAGUUACACUGAGUAUGUCUUCUACCGUGAGCCUUCUAGGUGGUCAUCCUCGCACUGUGAUUGCUGCUGCAAGAAUGGCAAGGGUGACAAAGAAGGAGAGAGUGGCACCUCUUGCAAUGACCUCUCCACCUCCAGCUGUGACAGCCAGUCUGAGGCCAGCUCUCCCCAGGAGACAGUCAUCUGUGGGCCUGUGACACGCCAGACCAACAUCCAGACUCUGGACCGUCCCAUCAAGAAGGGCCCUGUCCAGCUGAUCCAACAGUCAGAAAUGCGACGGAAAAGUGAUCUGCUCCGAACUCUGACUUCGGGCUCCAGGGAGUCGAACAUGAGCAGCAAAAAAAAAGCUGUCAAGGAAAAGCUCUCAAUUGAGGAAGAGCUGGAGAAAUGCAUCCAGGAUUUCCUAAAGAUCAAAAUUCCAGAUAGGUUCCCGGAGAGAAAACAUCCUUGGCAAUCUGAACUUUUGCGGAAGUAUCAUCUAUAGGGGAGGGGUAGGAGGGGGGGGUGGGGGGUGGGAGAAGAAACACAUUGUGUCACCAUUUUGAAAUAAACCUCCUAAGAGAAACCCAUAUUUGAAAAGAAAAACAACUAAUGAUACCAUUUGUUAGAACACAAUAGCCCAUUGAGGUACUACUGCCUAUUUACCUAGGUCAACUUAAUACGUCAAUGCACAGGGUAGGCUUCUUUCCAGAUGUGGAAGUAUAAGAACAUCUCUUUUUUUGGGGGGGUAUUAUUUGUUUGUUAACUUGGUCCCAUGUACUGAAUAUCUUCUCUCUCAUGAGUGUCAGCUAGGUAAGAAUAGCUGAGACGCCUUGGGAAUCAUUUAUUCCAAACUGGGUUUUCCUUUCAUCUUCUACCUCCCUCCUUUGAAUGAGAGCAUGGUAGAGAUUUGACCCAAUGGCAUAUAUUUGGACUUUUCAACUUUCCUUUUCUUUUUGUUUAUGUGGUCAGGGAGGCAUGGCAGAUUUAUAUGACUUUUCACUCAAAUCGAUGAUGUGCCAGUUUAUAUCGACGCCGUUUGCAUGAGUGUUUGUGCAACAGAAGCACAGUGAAGUAUGUAUAUACAUACAGGGCACAAGUCCCCAGGGCUCGGACCCCUAAGCGUGUGUUCCUGCUCCCAGCAGCACCUCUUAGAGUCCUUCAGACAGAAGAGCCCCUGCUCCUUUCUUAAAACCCUUCUGGGGAGAUUUCCCAGCCUCUCUCGGCCACACUUCCUAACAUUGAAUAACCCUCAUUAUCAACAAAUGGUCUUCUGAAUUUCCAAAUUACCCUCAGGCUCCAUUUUACUGCAUUGCUCUUUCUCUGCAAUAGGAGCCGGUGGAGAGGAGCUAGUCCAAUAUCCUUUGUAUUAAAAAAAAAAAAAAAAGUUACUGCAGAGUGAACCCACACUCCGCCUUCUCUCCCCUGAGCUGAAUUACCUCCCUCUCUCAGUGUUUGCAGAGCUCUUACUGCCUACGGUAGUGGUGUGAUCUUUCCACAUAAGUUCUCUGAAUUCCUGUGUGGUUGUGGAAGUAGGAACAACACACAGCACUUGAAUGAGAGUCCAGCCUUUCAUUUCAAGAGGAAACGGUGAUCCACACUCCUCCUAAUAUUUUUUUUCAGAAGUGUUUGUUUUGUUUUUUGAAGCUAUAGUGCUUCAUUAUUCCUUUCUUGUAGCAGGUUUUGGAUCUGGGAUUUGUCUGUGUCCAUCCUAGGAUUUGGCUGUCAUUCCUCUGAUGUCUGAGCAACCCAACUAGAUAACGGGAGCUCUGAAAUUAAGACUUUGGCUUUCUAAACGGUCUGUCUAGAUUACAUCCUUGACCCCUGUAGACACAGCCAAAAAGAAACUGUUAAUAGCCAUCUGUCUAUGUGACUCUGUAUUCUAUUAAUGCACCAAUAGGUCUUUCAUAGAUUUGUGGUAAAGGAGGAUUAAAGGACAAGUUUUUACUUUCAGCAUUCCUCAUGCAUUUCAGUGGGAACUGAAAAAAUAAUUUGUCCAUCAUUAAUUAUG